AUGUCCUCCUCCCUGGGCCAGCACUCUUGCACCCGUCCCUUUAUCUUGGCGAUUCUUCUGGUGCUGUCCACACUCCUGCUCUUCUACUCUUAUCACACCAAUCUGAACGUUCCUUCGUUUGCCCGAUUUUUCCAAUUGAAUAAAACUCUGUCAUCUACACCCUCAAACGGCACUCUCAAACCUGAAGACAAUCCCACAGAUAAUCCCACAGACAACCCCACUGACAAUCUCACAGUCCUUCUCAUCUGGACUUGGCCUUUUGGAGUCAAGUUUGACUCAAACUGCAGUGUUUUUGGCAUCAAGAAGUGCCUUUUGACAGAUAACCGAAGCCUGUACCACACCGCGGACGGUGUCUUUGUCCAUCACCGGGAUAUACAUGCAGACUUUAUAGAUCUUCGGAAAGUCCCACGCCCUUGGUUUCAGAAAUGGGUGUGGAUGGACAUGGAAUCACCGCAAAACACACGCCCAAUCCCAAUUUUAAACAAUUUAUUCAACAUUACGUGCAACUAUCGAGAAGAUUCCACAGUCCGAAUCCCGUACGGAUACUUGCAGAAACGCAAUGUCAGCAAACCGAUUGUUCCACUUCCAAAUAAAGACAAACUGGUGUGCUGGGUUGUAAGCAACUGGAACAACCAAUAUGCUCGAGUUCGGUAUUACAACGAACUGAAAAAGUACAUUUCAAUCAACAUUUAUGGCCGUGCGUUUCAGAAGCCGCUCUCUGCUGAUGCUCUCGAGGAGGUUAUUUCGAGCUGUAAGUUCUAUCUUGCAUUUGAGAAUUCUGUAUACAAAGACUACAUAACAGAUAAACUUUUUCGCACAAUGAUGUUUGGGAGUGUGCCAAUCGUGCUCGGUCCUCCCAGAGACAAUUAUGAGAAGCAGAUCCCAGCGGAUGCCUUUAUCCACAUCAAUGACUUUGCAAACCCCAAGGAGCUGGCGGAAAGACUGCACUAUCUGGACAAACAUCCGGAGGAGUAUAGGGACUACUUUAGGUGGAGGGCACAGUAUGAGGCAAAGCUGUCCGGGUUUGGAACAGUGCAUGCCUGUAAGUCUUGUAGCCACAUACGAAAGACUAGAUCACCUGAGGUAGUCAGCGAUCUUACAAAAUGGUUUUGGGGCAAGUGA